AUGUCGAACUCCCACGCGUCCCGCGGACCAUCCACGACCGUCGCUGGCGACGACGACCCGAUCGUGGCUAGCUACUCGGUCUUCAUCAAACCGCCUCUCCCAGCGCACCGCAACCUCGUCGUGCUCCAAUACGUGAACAAGACUGCUCAAGACCCGGCUCAAAUACGCGUGCCGCGCAUUUCCGAGCUGCGUGUCAAGCCCAACACGGCCAUGUACGAAGUGGACGUGCCCAUUGACACGAACGAGGCCUACGACAGAAACAAGGGCAUCGCGUGGGGCACCGCCCUGCAGAAAUCCUUAGAAGCGAAAAAAGGCGGGAGUUUGGGUCUGGCAGGCGGCUUCAACAUCGUCCCAACCUCGACCACCGCCGGGCGCGGCCGGCGAGGUGCCGGCGCCGGCAACGACGACGAGGCGCCGCUCAGCUGGGCCGAGGCCGCCAGGCAGGACAAAAUCCUGCGCACCCAGACCUUCGGCGGCGGCCGCAGCGCGCAGGAGGCCAACGCCAAGCACAUGAUCGGCGUUUUCCAAGGGAAAAACCUGCACCUCACCCCCGUCUCGUCCGUUGUGCACCUCCGCCCCGUGCCGCACCACAUCGACGCGGCCACCGAGCAAGAGCGCCUCAGCCGCGGCGCCGCAGCGGCGGCCGCCAGUGGCGCGGGGUCCGACAAGCCCGGCGGCGGCGGCGCCGGCGGCGCCGGCGCGUCGUCGGCCGGGCGGGCCAUCCACAUGACGAUCAAGUCGGCGAUGGACGCGGACGGCGGGGUGGCGACGGAGACGAUGGCGGACCGGCUGCGCAACGUGCAGACGGAGAGCUGGCGGCGGAUGGAGUGGGUGCACGACGAGGCGGAGCUGGCGUGGGAGGCGUACAACGAGUGCCUGCUGUUGCGGGCGGGGGAGGACGGGGACGGCCGGGGGAAGGGGAAGGAGGUUGUCGCUGCUGCUGGUACAGAAGGAGAGGAGGGGGUUGAGGCGGGAGGUGGUGAAGGAUCGGGGGGCGCCGCGGCGGACCUGGCUGAGAAGGUGGCGCAGCUGCGGACGGACUGGGGCGAGCAGGAACUGCUGCAGGCUACGAGUGGGGUGCAGCCUGAGGAGGCUGCGGACCGGGCGAAAGCAGAUCCGGAAGGGAAGGGUCGAGCGGGUAAGGGCGCGACCGCUGCUGCGGGGUCGUCUGCACCGAGGAAAGCUACGAGGAGAGGGGCGACUAGGGGUGAUGCGAUGGAGAUAGACUAA